AUGAUGUAUGACACUUAAGAUUAUUAUUUAUAGAUAUAUUAUUUUAUAAUUCCUGGAUUGAUUGUGAUUGGUGUUCUGAACCCAUUAUUGAUUUAUAUUUUAUUGAUGAUUAAUUAAAAUAGAUUAGAUAAAAUUAAAAUUAGAAGACAUAUAUCAUAUUUAUUGAAUGAAUAAAAUAUGGAUAGAUUUUAUUUGGAAUUAGAUUAAGUUAUUUAAGAAAGCAAUCUUUAUCUUUGUUCUGACUAAUUUUGA